AUGACCAACGUCGGAUUCGAAAUGCGAGACCCGCUACUUGUCCUUCGUAUGAGUCCGGCUAUGCAGGAACGUGUCGCAUAUGCGCUUGGAGAACACUGGGCCUCCAGAAAGAUGUACUUGCUGGAGUUGGAUGGAAGGACCGAGGAUGACAGUUGCGCUGACUUCGUAUUCUGCGAACGUGUAGGCUUCGACGGCAUCGGCAUUGAAAGCGGCAGAGGCGCCAACAAUGGCCACGCACCUGAUGAGUUCUACAGACUAUAUCUUGCGCUCGCAGUGAACAUGUCCCAGCCCAACAUCUUCGAAAGAAGAGAGCUCGUCGGUAUUUCAGAGCUGGUGUACAUAGACGCAGCAUUCGAAAGCUUCUAG